CUGUCUUACUUGCCCAAUUGCUUAAUUCACCUUUCUUCCACUUUCAUCCCCACAGGCUGGCGACGACGAGAACAACCUUCUUCGCCGGCGUAAAAUGACCUCCUCGGCUCAUUUUUCCUCAAAUUGUGGGGUUGCUCGGUCUCACCACUCUUGGACCGCGACAUUAUGCAUUGUGUUCAAUGGUAAUUGAAAACGAAAUGUUAUCUUCAUCACAAAAUAGUUUCAGUGAUGGCAGUUUAAUCAACUACGCCAACCCAUGAGAAAGUUCACUUGUUGCCAAAACUCUGUAACUGCCAUAACUGAAACUGCCAAAGUACUACAAGAACAGCAUCUACUCAUCAAACUUAAUCGCCAACUCGCAAGUCUUACGCACUCGAAUCAAUUCAACAUUGCACUUCAUCUGUUUCACAAAAUUCGCUCACUGUACCACCUCAAUCCAGACCAUUACACUCUCUCUACUACCCUCACUGCCUGUGCCAAUUUAUGCAACAUCUCAUUUGGUAACAAGCUCCACGCCCAUGCCAUUAAAUCCGGCCUCAAAAUUUAUUCUCAUGUUUCAAAUACCCUCCUUUUGCUAUAUGCAAAAGUGCAAGACAUUGUCUCAGUGAAGUGGGUUUUUGGUGAAAUUGAGAACCCAGAUGUGUUUUCUUAUACUACGCUGUUGUCGGCUUGUACCAAGAUGGGGCAUGUGGCCUAUGCAUGUGAGAUAUUUGAUGAAAUGCCGCAAAGAGAUUUGGCGGUAUGGAAUGCAAUGGUUACAGGGUGCAUGGAGAGUGGGAACAAAGAGAUUGGAUUUGGUCUGUUCAGAGAUAUGUGUAGAUUGGGUGUUAAACGUGAUAAUUAUAGCUUUGCUAGUGUUCUAAGUGGGUGCAACUUGAUCACUGUGGAUUUUGGUUUGCAGGUUCAUUCAUUAGCGAUUAAAACUGGACUUUUGGUUAGAAUUUCUGUUGUUAAUGCUUUGAUUACUAUGUAUUUUAAUAGAGAAAAUGUCGAGGAUGCUUGUUUGGCGUUUGAUGAGGUAGAAGAUUCAGCACAUGAUCAAAUUACUUACAAUGUGAUGAUUGAUGGUUUGGCGAGCAUGGGAAGAGUUGAAGAAGCCUUGAUGAUGUUUAGAAAAAUGCUAGGGAAAUAUCUUAGGCCUACUGAGUUUACUUUUGUAAGUUUGAUGAGCUCAUGCUUGCAUGCAGAAGUUGGGUAUCAAUUUCAUGCCCAAGCCAUCAAGCUCGGCUUUGAGGCUCAUACUUCCUUGAACAAUGCAACUAUAAGUAUGUAUUCUAUUUGUGGGGACUUGAGUACAGCUUGCACGGUUUUCCAGAGACUGGAAAGGAAGGAUAUUGUCUCAUGGAAUACGAUGAUAUCUAGCUAUGCACAAGGAAAUUUUGGUACAUCAGCAGUUUUGACCUACCUAGAGAUGCAGAGAAAUGGUAUUAGAGCUGAUGAGUUUACUUUUGGAAGCUUGUUGGCUAGCUCAGAGAUCAUAGAGACUGUGGAGAUGAUUCAUGCCCUUGUAUUUAGAAACAAUCUCAUUUCCAUCAUACAAGUUUCAAAUGCUUUAAUUUCUUCAUAUUCCAAGCAUGGGAAUAUGAAGCAGGCUUAUCAAAUAUUUUGUGACAUGUCCUAUACAAAUUUGAUCUCCUGGAAUACUAUUAUUUCUGGAUUCCUGUUAAAUAGGCUCGCAAUGCAAGGAUUGCAGCAGUUUUCUAAACUGAUGGUGUCUGAAUUUAGGCCAAAUGAAUAUACCCUCAGUAUUAUUUUAAGUAUUUGUGCAAGCGUAUUAGCUUUGAGACAAGGGAAACAGGUUCACAGUUAUAUUAUAAGAUUAGGAUUCAGUUUAGAAAGUUCUUCAGGUAAUGCCCUUAUUACCAUGUAUUCCAAAUGUGGGCUUUUGGAUUGGUCUUUAAGAGUAUUCAAUGCAAUGACUAAAAGAGAUUUAGUUUCAUGGAAUGCCUUGAUAUCUGCUUAUGCUCAGCAUGGGAAAGGAAAUGAAGCUGUGCACUGGUUUGAGACAAUGCAAGACUUGGUCCAACCAGAUGAAGCCACCUUUACAAUAAUUCUCUCUGCUUGUAGCCAUGCAGGUUUAGUUGAUGAUGGCAUUCGGAUUUUCAACUCCAUGGUUUCUAAGUAUGGCGUUGUUCCUGGGUUUGGUCACUUUUCUUGUAUUGUUGACCUUUUAGGUCGUGCUGGGCGUUUUGAUGAAGUGGAAAUAAUAAUGAAUGAUGAAAAUUUUGAACCUCAUCCUGACAUCUGGUGGACAUUGUUAAGCGCUUGUGCAGCUCGGGGUAAUUUAAAGCUAGGAAGAUUAGCAGCUGGGCUUCUUCUUGAAGCAGAACAAGAUAAUCCAUCAGUUUAUGUACUUUUGUCAAAUAUGUAUGCAGCUGCUGGUCAAUGGGAAGAAGCAGCUAAUGUAAGGCAAUUGAUGACUGACAGCAAGGUGAUGAAGCAAACUGGGUAUAGUUGGAUAAGCUCUUGAAAGCAAUAUGCACCUGGAGAUGUAAUUUACCAUAGUUAUGAGAAACAUUCUGAUCUUCCUUGAAAUAAUGAAAGCUUUGCUGAGGCUGAUGAACUCUUCUCCCAUCAUGGAAGUCCGAAUAGUCAUAGUAUGCUGCAAAUUCAAGGUUAUCAUGUUGCCGAGCUCUCUGUAGGCCUGCAGUCGUCCUCCCGUGCGGCCUGUCCUGCUCCAGCCCAGGUUGGCAGCCCCUCCCCCCGUGCCCAUCAAACCUCGCUGAGCUAUCCGUAGGUCUGCGGUCGUCCACCCCGCGGUCGGCCCAGCUCCAGCCCAGCUCUGCAGCACCACCACUGCAGCUGUCAACCUCGAUAAAGUGCUGGGCCCAUGCCACUUUCUCCCCAGCUGCCUGCCACGCCCCCGUUGGGCCCUGUCCUGCCUCCAUAUAUACUUUAUAAAUAAAAGAUAUUAUUAUGAAGUACAUAGUGAGGGCAAAGAAGUAAAGGCGAUUUUUAUAAAUAAAAAAAAAUUACAUGUGCAUAUAAAUAAGACUUAGAUAAACAGUAAUUCUACAAUGUGGGGGCAAAUUUAGAAAAAAACCAACUCUCUACGGUGGGGAAAUUUAAGCAAUUGAAGGGGGGGGGACUUAUAAAAUGCAAAACACUAAUAGGACUUAUACAAGUUAGUGAGGGUAGACCACUGGGUGGAUCCACCUCUGGGGUAAUUGAUUUAAAAUUCUCCUCAGUUCCACUGAUAUGCAAUAAUGCAUUUGUGCUAAUCUUGUUUUAAUUGAUUUUUUAUUAUAUAAAA